CCUGAAUGCAGUUUGGGUGUGUUACCGGCUAUACAAUCACCUUCCGCUUAUUGCUCUUGACUCCACUUCUUCGACCAUGAAGAUUCUAUCCGGAAAGCUUGGCAAUUGGCGUUUGCCCUACAAGUGAAGUGAAUGAGCAGCGCAAAACAUGCAGGUUCUUUUCGAAACGUCAGCAAACGCAGCUUUGUUCUUCGCCGCUACAAAACAGAACUUCAAGCUCAAUUUUCUCUCAUCCUUCUUCCACCUCAACAGGGACUUAGAAUACGCCUGAGCGCUGCCAUCACCCAUGGCACCUACUAGUACCACCGCACUCGCGGACCCCCUCAUGCUCGACAAAAUCGACAAACUCUUCGCCUGCGGCGUUGGCGAAAUUGUCGACCUCCCUCAGAUCGUCGUUGUGGGCGAUCAGUCGUCCGGCAAGUCAAGCGUUCUCGAAGGCCUUGUUGGCAAACCGCUGCCGCGCGAUAGUGGCCUCUGCACUCGCUUUGCCACGCAAAUUGUGUUUCGCCGCGCAAAGCUUCAGGGCAUCGAGGUGUCCAUCAUCCCAGACAAAGACGCGGAUCCGCAGCAUGUGGCGAGAGUGAAGAAGUGGGCUAGGAAGGUGGAGGAGGAGUUAGAUUCGAAGGUCUUCAUCGAGAUCAUGGAGGAAGUCCAUAUCGAGAUGGGAUUGGCGGGUCACGGCGACGAUGAUGGAGUGAAGCGGCCAACGUUCUCAAACGACGUGCUGCGUCUGGAGAUCUCGGGACCCAACGAAGAGCACUUUAGUGUCAUCGACGUACCGGGAAUCUUCAAGUCGAGGACUGAAGGAGUGACGACCAAGGCGGACAUCACGCUGGUAAGGAACAUGGUGCAUGGGUACAUGAACAACCCCCGCUCGGUCAUUCUCGCCGUCGUUCCCGCGAAUGUCGACGUAGCCACACAGGAGAUCUUGGAGCUCGCUACCGAGGCAGACCCCGAAGGUGAUCGUACGCUGGGUGUGCUCACAAAACCAGAUCUUGUUGACAAAGGUGCCGAGAGCCAAGUUAUGGAUCUACUCGAAGGCCGCACGCGGGCGAUGAAGCUGGGCUGGCACAUAAUCCGUAAUCCUGGGCAGAUGGAGAUGUCCGCUAAGGACAUGGAUCGCAGCAGCUUAGAGAAAGUUUUCUUCCGCCAUCAAGCACCAUGGAACGAGCUGGAGAGGGAUAAGGUCGGCAUCGACACCCUGCGAGUUCGCCUCAAGGAGGUCAUUUCGUCGUUGGUAAAAAAGGAGUUCCCAAAGGUCAAAAAAGAGACCAAGGACAGGCUCGAGAUACGCCUGAAGCGGCUCGAACAGCUUGGUCCUGAGCGUACAGGUACGAUCGAGCAGAUAGCACACCUUACGAAGAUGGCGACCCAAUUCCAGCGCAUUGUGACUCUGGCGCUCACCGCAAGCUAUGGUGCCGACGAGGUCUUCGAUGGCAAUGAUGACCUUCGCAUCGCACCUACCAUGAUGGCUCGAAUGAAGGCGUUCUCCGAUGACAUGGCCAGCCAAGGCCAGACGUAUGCGUUCAUGCAAGAAGGCUUAGGAGAGACCGAGAGCACCGGUAUCGAAGGUGAAGAUGAAGGGGAGACCGAGAGCACCGGUAUCGAAGGUGAAGAUGAAGGGGAGAAGGCCCGCAUCCCAGCCCGGUGGUACUGCCACGGAGAAGAGCUCUUCGGAAUCCAGUACUCUAUCGAGUAUCACAAUGACAGCGUGCGAAGUCCAAAGACGCGCGGCAUUAAGACCUGGCUCCGUGAUAUCUUCCUCGGCAAUCGCGGCUUCGAGCUCGGAACUUUCAACGGCUCAAUUCUUGCGACUGCGAUGAAGAAACAGUCGGUGAAUUGGCAUAACCUCAGCCUCGGGUUUUUAAGCGAUGUUAUUGUUAUAGCGCACAGGUUCAUACUCGCUGCUCUCAAGGCUGUUUGCGGUGACAGCGAGAUUCGUCUGGCUCUCGAAAGCACUCUCCUGGACGACCUGACGACGCGCUACGAGCAGGCGAUCGCAAAUGCCAAGUUCCUGCUUAAAGUCGAAAGCUGCGACACACCUACCACCCUGAACCACUAUUUCAACGACAACUUGCAAAAGAGCCGCCAAAACAAAGCAACCGCAGGUUUGGACAGCAAAGCCAUAGAUAUUUCACGACAUCACCACUCCUGGAGCGCGAUGGUGCCGCUCGCUGAUGUUAAGAGGCAAGCCAUCAACAUGAGCAACGAUGAGUACGCGAUCUGCGAGAUCCACGAUAUCCUCAAGUCGUACUACAAGGUCAGCCGCAAGACUUUCGUAGACAACAUCUGCAAGCAGGCUGCGAGCCAUUACCUUCUCCACAGCGAGACAAGCCCACUUGCAUUGUUCUCGCCGAUUUGGGUAAGUCAAUUGUCGGCGGUCGAGCUUGAGGAGAUUGCAGGAGAGGCAGCCGGGGUGAAGAGAGCGAGGUCCGUGCUGACGAAGGAGAUCGAGAGCCUGAAGGCUGCCAUGAAGAUGUUGGCGAGGCAUUGAGUGGCGUGAACAUGAUGAAAUUGUCGAGAAGCUGGCUCGAAAUUGACUAGACCUUUGCAGAACCUGUAGGCACAUACUGCGCUUUGCGGCCAAGACGUGGCUGCGGAGGCCUCGGUGUUCGUCGAUGUAGGCAGAAAGGUUUUGCAGGUCUAUGCAGGACACUUCGUAGCUUGAACAAUCAACUCGGAGUUCGAACGUCCGUUUCCUUACUCGUUCGCCAUGACUUCCGUAGACAACAGGUACAAAACAGCGGCGAGUGACCUUGACGAGAGGGAUCAUCAAUCAAGGCCGUCAAGCGCAGGCCAGCAACAUGAUGUUGAGCAUGUCAAGACCUCGCCGUGUCCGUCUUCCUCUCCACGGCCCUUUUUAUCAUGCCUAACCUGCUCCCUGAGCGCCUUCGUGUACUCGUCCAGCAGAAACCCUCCAUUCCCGCCUCUCCGUUUCCCGCCGUCUUGCCCGUCGCCCUCCACGCCGUGUCUCCUCACGACUCCUAUCCUCGGAUGUUUCUCUUCGAGAGUUGUAAGAUCAUUCAGGCUUCGAACAGGGUGAGAACGGG